AUGACGUCGAUCUACACCUCAGACUUGAAGAACCACCGUCGAGCUCCUCCGCCCCCAGGCACUUCUGCCUCGCUGGGGGUCACCUGGAACCUCUCCAAUAGACGCCAGGCGGGCUGGGUGCAUUUGAAGGAGGACACAUUCACAGCGUUCCGCUGGAAUAAGCGGUUUAUGGUGAUCAGCGACAGAACCCUUAACUUCUACAAGCUGGAGCCUUCUGCGGACAUGUCGCAGCCCAAGGACUUGGAUAUGCUGUUUCCGUUGAACUUGAUUGGCGCCAUCAACUUGAAGUCCAAUUCCGGCUCGAAUAAGGUCAACUCUUACCCCAUCAUCGAGAUUGUGCCGAAAAACAAUGCCAAUACCCUCUUGGUCUCCAUCAGAAGCAACACAGAGUAUCACGACUGGCUUGAUACCUUCGCUACUAAGUGCCCCUUGAUAAACAUUGGUAAUGGCGGCUCGUCUACUAUAAGUGGGGCUCUGGGUGUAUCUAAUCCUAUCAACUUCACCCACAAAGUUCAUGUGGGUUUUGACCCUGCCAGUGGAAACUUCACUGGAUUGCCUGAGGCGUGGAAGAGCAUGCUUCUGAACUCUGCAAUCACCAACGAAGACUGGAAAAAAGACCCAGUUGCCGUCAUCGAGGUUUUGGAAUUCUAUUCAGACAUCAAUGGGUCCAACGCUAAUACUCCCGUUGCAUCCCCGGCUUUAAAUUCGGGCCAGGGAAGCUUGAACUUCCAGGAAUGGACAAAACACCCAGUUCCCAAGUCCUCGUCUACUCAGCACGACAUCCAGCAGAAAGACUUUAAGCCCACCCGAGCUGCCCCAAAACCACCAGCCCCUUACCAUACCACACAGAAGAAGGACAAUGCCUCGCCUCUAAUGAACUUAAUGCAUGCACAAACGCCAAAGAGUGAUGAAUCUCUCCCAAAGAAGGCGGGACCUGGAAGCUUAAUCCCCGCUAGACGUGCUCCUCCCGUUCCUGGCCAGCCACAGAAACAACCUCCCUUGCAGCCUCAACGGGAGGCACCUCAGCCAUAUCAAAAUCAAAGCCAAGUACCUUCACGCAAACACCCUCCAUUGACCAGCGACCAGCUGCCAAGCCAUGCUGAGAAUAAAGUUUCGAGAAUUUCCAGCUUGGGACCUAGCACCCAAGCACCAAAGCAGGCGCCCCCACUGUUACCUCGUAACGUCCACCCUGACGUCAAGGUACACUCUGACCAUGUCAAGCAUACUUUGGCGAAAGUAGACCAGCAUAAAAAGUACCACGACGAUGUUCCAGAUCUUAAGCCUCUCAAGUUGAAGCCAGCACACGAGACACAAAAAUCCGAAAAUGUGCCUCCACGUACCGUUGACCCAAAGGCACAGAAAACCCAAAUCAAGCCAGCUGCUGGCCCAGGUGGCUCUGGGAAAACAACUAAACAAAUAAAGAAGGAACGUGAACAGCUCAAUGAGAGACAAGUGAUUGCCAAGUUGAAGACAGUCGUUAAUAACAAGGACCCUUCGACGUUAUUCCGCAUCAUCUCCAAGGCUGGUCAAGGUGCCUCUGGAGAAGUCUACCUUGCUGAAUCUCUCAUACCAGGAGAAAGAGGGAAAAAGGUUGCAAUCAAGCAGAUGGACCUUAAAGUACAACCACGCAAAGAAUUGAUCAUCAACGAGAUUUUGGUGAUGAAGGACUCACAGCAUGACAAUAUUGUCAACUUUUUGGACUCGUACUUGAGGGGCUCCAGCGAUCUUUUGGUGAUCAUGGAGUACAUGGAGGGCGGUUCCUUGACAGAAAUUAUUGAGAACAAUGAAGGCAAACUUAACGAGCAUCAGAUUGCAACCAUUUGCAAAGAAACACUCAAGGGAUUACGCUUCUUACACAGAAAGCAUAUCAUACACAGAGACAUAAAAUCAGAUAAUGUUUUACUUGAUUCUAAGGGAAAUGUGAAAAUCACAGAUUUCGGUUUCUGUGCUAAAUUGACCGACCAAAGAAGCAAGCGAGCCACAAUGGUCGGAACACCGUACUGGAUGGCCCCCGAGGUUGUUAAACAAAGGGAGUACGACGAAAAGAUAGACAUUUGGUCCUUGGGUAUCAUGUUGAUCGAGAUGAUCGAAGGUGAGCCUCCAUACUUGAACGAGGAACCAUUGAAGGCACUUUAUCUUAUUGCAACAAACGGCACACCGCAAUUAAAGAACCCUGGAGCUUCAAGCCAGAAAAUGAGAAACUUUUUGUCGGUUUGUUUGUGUCUCAAUCCUCUGUCGAGAGGAAACACCGAUGACCUUCUAGAGCACAAGUUCAUCAAGGAAGAAAGUGGGCGAAUCGAGGAGCUAGCACCAUUACUCGAGUGGCGGAAAAAUCAAGAAUCGGGUCAGGAAUGA